AUGAAGCGAUUAAGAAUAGAAAAACCAUAUGGUCCGAAUUUCGUAAUAAAUAAGGUUGAAUGUACCAAUCACUUAUUGCGAAAUUAUAUAAAUCGAAUGAGGGAUAUAAGUAUUAAAAGAAAAAACGAUAAAGGUGAUGUUAUACCAGGCUGCUAUCGUAAAGCUGUUCAAGAUAGAUUACUUAUGCUUCGAUAUGCAGUGACAGAAGCAAUCAAGUAUAGAAAACAACAUCUUAGUGAUAAACCAUAUGAGGAAAUAUUAACUCUUUUAAAAAGUGAUUUGACAAAUGGACCAUUUCAUGUAUUUGGAGAUCACAGUUAUUGUAAAUCCUAUUUUUGUAAGGGGAGUAAAGAAGGAGAAGAAAACCUAGUUCCGGCACUCUCAAGUCUAGGUGUUUGGGAUGACAUAACCAAAGCUCGAAAUCUUAUGUCUUACCACGCAGAAAGCUUGUUACUUAAUCACAACAACAAUGCAGCUGAACUAUACAAUUCAAUAUUGACUAAAUUUAUAGGAGGAAAACGGGUAAACUUUUCGUUAAAAGGUUCAUAUCAACUUAGGUGUAAUGCUGCAGUUAUGGCUUAUAAUGCUGGAUCAAAUCGUUUGUCAUUAUUUAAUAAGCACGUUACAAAUAAAAGCCCAGGAAAAUAUACUAAAAUGUUUAUAAAAAAAAAUCAAAAAACAGCAAACGCCCGUAAAAUACGACGUCAACUUUUUUCUGCGAUACCUAAAAAUAAGUCUAAAAUUUCUUACGUUGGACCCGACGAAAACUAUGGGAACAUUUCGAAUAGUUUAACACACUUAACAAUUGAAGAAAAAGAAAAAUUA